AGCCGUGUCAUUUCGGAGAACCAGACCUGUGAGAUAGAAGUCCUCUCUCUCUGUCUGUCCUGCAACCUCUCAUCACCAUGGGGAGGAUUUGCAAGGAAGUGGCCGGUCAGAUCAUCAGCUUCAUUGGCUUGGUGGGGGUGGGGGUGACCUGCGGGAUCCCCAUGUGGAGGGUGACCUCCUACAUCGGUGCCAACAUCGUGACGGGUCAGAUCGUUUGGGACGGCCUGUGGAUGAACUGCGUGAUGCAGAGCACGGGGCAGAUGCAGUGCAAGAUGAACGAGUCGGUGAUGAGGCUGUCGCGGGACCUGCAGGCCGCCCGGGCCCUGGUCAUCAUCUCCCUCAUCUUCGGCUUCAUAGGCUUCAUAGUCACCUUCAUCGGAGCCAAGUGCACCAGCUGCGUGAAGAGCGACUCGUCUAUGGCCAAGGUGGUGAUCCUCGGGGGCUGUCUGAUCAUCUUCGCCGGCAUCCUGGUCCUCAUCCCCGUCUGCUGGUCGGCCGCCUUCACCAUCAAUGACUUCCAGAACCCUCUGACCAUCGAGACCCAGAGGAGAGAGAUCGGGGCUUCAAUCUACAUUGGCUGGGCCUCCGCCGGAAUCCUUCUGGUCGGAGGGAUCAUUCUGACCACCUCCUGCCCUCCUCAUAAGCCCACGUAUGGGUACCCGGGCUACGCACCGGCCCCCGGUUACCCCUAUACAGCCCCAGUCGCCAACCCAGCAACCUAUGGGCCGGUGUAUGCGCCUGCAACCAGCAGACCCUACUCGUCCACGGGGUCCUACGUCCCCAGCAAACCGUAUGCAGCACCAACCACCUACUCUGCCAGGCAGUACCUCUAGAUGGGAUGAAACGGAGAGACUCGCUAUGAGCCGAAACUGAGAUUCCUCUCCUGGUCUUUGUUCAGGAGUUUUACCCGGCUUUGCUCUGCAAAGUAAAAAAAAAUUUUUUUUUUUUAAAUGAACCAAAAUAUAGGGACUUUCUGCUGGUCGGCACUGUAGGCACGCCACCGCCCUGUUGUGAGAUAACUUCCCCUCAGCUGAAAUGUGUUGAUUGUGAUUGUGUUGAUUUCUGCCGAGUUGAUUUGUGCUCGUGGGUGAGAACCAGCUUUUGAGAAUAAUGAAAAUUGCAAAGUUGUGUCCUAAGAGGAAUGUUGUGCAUUCUUGGAAAUGUAGAGUAUUAUUUUUCAGUGAAGGCGUCAUCGCUGAUAUUGUUCUUUCGUUGUUAUUCAGAUUUAUUUUUUCUAAGAAGCGAUGACUGGUUGUUCAUAUGUUCUCUGUAAAUACUACCUUUAU